AGAGAAUGACAGAACCAUCAACACCUCGUCGAAUUUACUUCCACGGAAACAUUUGUGUGAUAUGUGGGUUUUGUUUUGUCACGAAAGAGACAGACGGGGCUGGAAAUAUUAUCGUUAAGAAAUGCACAAACGUCAAAUUAAAAUUAACUAAGGACAGACUUCAGAGCAUUGGAAAAGUGAUAGGGUCGCUUGAAAACUCUGAUAUUGAGAAAAAUGGCGUCUGUGUAAAGUGUUACAGGGCAGUGGAGAAGGUGAUCAAGUUGCGCAAUGAAGUACAAAGUUUAACGGAAAAAAUGAAAGAGAGUAGUGAAAGAGUGAGUUUGAGUUUGCCUUCGCCUAGACGGGGUGUUUCAGAAAAACGGCUUUUGAGGAGCCCUGUCUCAUUACAAUCUACAAAAAUUGUCAGAUUUCCAACUGCAGUGUCAGCUAUUAUACCAGUAAAGAUAGAGAAGUUCCAUGAUAUUACUUGUACUUCAGCUAUCAGACCAAAUGAGGCAUUUGAAAUUAAGCCUUCUUCAUCUGAUGGUUUUACCAUGAACAAGAUGCAGUAUUCAUGUGUACCACUUGCGACUUCUGCCCUGUGUGAUGUAUUGACAGCUUCUCAACAUGAACCUAGGAACCAACCAACCAGAAGGGCACUUUUUUCCUCUGAGGAGGAGGAUUCAUAUAAAAUUGGUAAAAUUCAGAUGCUGAAUUUAUACAGGUUCUUGUGUCAACUGCAGAAAUUUGAUGAUUGACUACUUCCAAAGUGGUGCAAAGUCAAAAUGGAUAGUAGAUGAAUAUCAGAAAAAGUACUGUAAAGUGUUAUUUCGUGACCAGGACGUUGAAGAUAGUCUUUUGAAAUUAAUAGUUUCCAUACGUCCACAGUCAGUUGUGUCUGCAGCAUCCAGUUUGAUAAGUUUGGAAUGUGAGAAAAUUUGCAAGAGAAAAUCUGGAGGAAUUCUAAGAGACAAAACCCAUGAAAAUAUAAUGCAGUUUACAUGGGACAAACUGCAUAGAGAAUUACAACUUAAGGCCCCUUAUCUUUUGAAAGUGUUCUCUGCAGCUGUGUCACCCAUUCCAGUAUCAAUAUCUGACAGUAAAUUAUAUCAUGCAUUGUUGGCAGCUGCAAUAUGUCUCCAAGGGAGAAGUCGAGAAAUGACCGCUCUCCAGUACUUGAUAGGCUUCAUAAUGUUACAUGGCAGUUGUACUCAAAGGGACAUUGAAAGACUUUCUAAACUUGGUUUGAGUGUACAUCCACAGACCCUACGGAUCAAGAUGGAAUCAUGGCAUGAGUUAUUAGACAAACAGUUGCUAGAAAUAAAGAAUGACUGGGCACAGGGAUUACCAACACCAAAAUAUCAACUUGUGGGUGACAACUGGGACCGAAAUAUAGUCCCAUCAUAUCGUACAACGCAGCAGAAAACAGUGUCUGUUCAUUUAUUUAAUGUAAUUGGAGUCAUUGACCGAGUUGUACCUCAACAAAUAGGUGAUGAUUACAUGUACAUUUUAGAUGUAGAUGAUCUUAAUGCUACAGACUUUAUCCCAAGUACAGGAGAACAGGAACUUCUUGCAAAUGAAAUAUCUUUUUUGGUGGCCAAUGCAGUUAUUAACAACAACGAACAAAUGAAUAACUUGCUAAGAAGUAUUUAUCCAGAUCAUUAUGAACAUGCCUACAGUCACCUUGCAGGAUUAAAAACAAAACAGUUUUCUUUGGGACUUUUUGACUGCGAUGAAAAAAACACUGGUGAUGUUAUAAAGUUGUUGAAAGACCUCAGUGAAAAGUAUAUUCCUAUGAAGGAUGAUGAUGUGUAUGAACCAGUUUUCUUUGGAGGUGAUAGACUCACUGAUGAAAGGAUACAAGCAGCCCAGUGUUCAAUGAUUAAUGGAGAGAAGGCAAUAGAUCGCUUUGAGGGCUUUAUAUCAAAGAUCGAAGAUUUUCAUCGAUUGAUGAAUUUUCUUGAGGCCAUUGUCAAAUUAACCUACAGUACAGGGUCUGGAAAGGAUUCAGGCACAGCAUACUUCUUCAGAAAUAAACUGAAUGCGAGGGAAGUAAAAGCAGAAGUCAAGAACUCUUAUAGACCAUACAAAAUGCUGUACAACACAAUUUUUGAUGCAAUUUGCUGUUUGCUCUUCUUAAAAGAAUUCGGAUUGACAGAUGGAACACAAACAAUCCCUGUUCCAGAUGACUUUCAUGAGUGGUUACCUGAACAGAAAAUUUCUUGGAUGUGUGAAAUUUGUCAGAAAAUUGUAAGGAAAUGGUUUUUCGAAGGAAGUGAUUUACUGUCUGAAGUUAGAACUGUACUAGACAACCCUGAGCAUCCAGAGAACUACUGGACAAAGAGUUUAAGUGAUGGAAGGUUUCGAUGCCAUUCCUGUGAUAAGUCAUAUGUGAAUGUUGAUUCAUUAAUAACCCAUGAAAAGGCCAAACAUGGAUAUAAUGAGUCAACUAAAGACACAGCAACAAAAGAUCUAGAAAAAGAUGACCUCUUUGAUUACAUUCUCUUAGUGUUUCGUUUAUGUGCCUUACAUAAGAAUUUGGAUUCUGCGGUAGAUAUGGCUGAUGGUGCUCGCUCUGUUAGAUCAGCAAAGUACGAGGCUCUGUUGUACAAUAAGACAGGUAAAACUAAAUAUCUUAUUGGUAGCAUCCAUCUAACGAGUCUUACGUCAGGUACUCUUUCCGAGGAUCAAACAGAAAGACUUGUACAGAACAGGUUUAUAAAUGUGUCAGGUGGCAAGAACAGGAACAUGGCUUUGGACGAAUACGUCGAAUUCAUGAAUAGAGAGAUUAAAAAUGCCUCAACUGGACAUCAAACUAAGGAAAGCCUAAUUAAACACUCCAAAGAUUUCCCUUUCUUGGUAGAAAGUGUACAGCAUUUUGAUGACAUGUGUGAUAUUCGAGGAAGGAAAGGUUUUCAUCAUGUGCCAUCAUAUCGUGAAGAUGUGAAAAUAGUAGUUAAUGAAUUAAUUUCCAUCCAGGCAUUUGAAAAACAACCUGGUCGUCAAUUCCAGUGCAGAAAACUUUCACAGAACAGAAAUCCGUUCUUUUUAAGCUUCAAAAAUUUUCCUUUAAUGGUAUUGCGACAUAAACCAUCCUUGCCAUUCCGAAGACUGCGAAAUAGAAGAGUGUGAAUGUUAUGUACCUUUAACUCACAUAUUGAUUAAUAGUUUUAUUAGCUCACCUGAGCUGAAAGCUCAAGUGAGCUUUUCUGAUCACCCGCCGUCCGUCCGUAAACUUUUCACAUUUUCAACUCCUUCUCAAGAACCACUGGGCCAAUUUUAACCAAACUUUGUACAAAGUAUCCUUGGGUGAAGAGGAGUGUAAAUUCUUAAAAUAAAGGGCCAAGUCCCCUUACAAGGGGAGAUAAUCAAGAAAAGACAAAAAUAGUGUGGGGUCAUUAAAAAAUCUUCUCAAGAGCAACUGGGCCAGAAAAACUGAAACUUAUUUGGAAGCAUCCUGGGAUAGUGUAGAUUUUAAAUUGUUCAAAUCAUGACCCCCGGGGGUAGGGCGGGGCCACAAUAGGGAAUCCAAGUUUUACAUUGAAAUAUAUAAGAAAAAUCUUUAAAAAUCUUCUUCUCAAGAACAACUGGGCCAGAAAAACUGAAACUUAUAUGGAAGCAGUGUAGAUUCUAAAUUGUUCAAAUCAUGACCCCUGGGGGUAGGGCGGGGCCACAAUAGGUAUAUUAAAUAGGGGGAAAUCUGGUAAAAUACAGCAUGGCCAAAGUUACUAAAGUGAGUGAUGUGGCCCAUGGGCCUCUUGUUUGUUAAAUUGAGAUCCUUCUUUAUGAUUUUGGUUUAGUUAAUGAUUUGAAUGCCUAUCUUUAAUGGAAUUGGAUAUUGCUUCCAUUUACAAUCAAAAUCAUUAUUUUUCUUAAAUAAACCAGAUGUACAUAUUUCCUUCUAGACUUCAUUUGAGUAUCUGCUACAUGUGUGAAAAAUUAUACAGGUCAAUAGCUACUGUAUAUGAUAAAAAUCAGUUACACCAUUUUAAUAAACUAAUAAUGUCAAUCUUACAUCAGUUAGCCAAUUAAGCCUUUAAAGACAGUUAAUUUGCUGUAAUCAUGGUAAUUUUGGAAGCAUUUGAAUAAAAUUUUGACUGGUAA